UUGCCUGCUUAGUGCUUGGACUGUCUGAGAGUGAAAACCCAGAGAAAGACACCUGGCAACUGAAUUACUGACAAUGCAGCCACUGGAAUCAGUGACAUUUGAAGAUAUAGCUGUAGACUUCACCAAGGAAGAGUGGGCCCUGCUGGACAUAUCCCAGCGAAAGCUGUUCAGGGAUGUCAUGCUGGAAAAUAUACGUCAUCUCGUCUCCCUAGGAUAUCAGCAUUGCAAAUCAGAUUUGAUUUUCCAGUUGGAGCAAGGACAAGAGCUGUGGAGUGAAGGAACUGGAUUUCUUCAAGGCCAGAGCCCAGGCAGGGGAAAUGCCUUUAAAGAACAAGAAAUGAGAGCCACACAACGUAUCAACAGGAAGGACACAUCUGCAAUCAUGCCAGUGCAGGAAUCUCUUACUCCAGAGGAUCCCUUUGAAUAUAAAGAUUUGGAAGAAGAUUUCACUCAUGGCUUCAUGUUGAGUCAACAUUUGUUAACCCACACAGAAAAGACACCUUGUAUCAGUAAACAGUGUCCAAAAUCCCUUAGUGACCAGUCUUACCUUAAUCAACAUAAGCAAAUUCACACCAGAGGUAAAUCAUGCGAGUGCCAUCUGUGUGGAAAAGCCUUCAGUAAUUGCUCAAGCCUUAGGAGACAUGAGAUGACUCACACUGGAGAGAAACCAUAUGAAUGCCAUAUCUGUGGGAAUGCCUUUAUUCAAAGCUCAGACCUUAGAAAACACAAUCUAACGCACACUGGAGAGAAACCGUAUGAAUGUCAUCUCUGUGGGAAAGCCUUCAGUCAGUCCUCCAACCUCAGACAGCAUGAGAGAACACACACUGGAGAGCAGCCAUAUGAGUGUCACCUGUGUGGGAAAGCCUUCAGUAAAUGUUCUGCCCUCAGACGACAUGAAAGAACUCACACUGGAGAAAAACCGUAUGAAUGUCAUCUUUGUGGGAAAUCCUUCAGUCAGUGUUCUGCUCUUAGACGACACGAGGGAACCCACAAUGGAGAGAAAAUUAUGAAUGCCUUCAGUAAAUAUUCUGACCUUAGAUAACAUCGUAUUAUAAAUGUAGUGAAUGUGGGUGAGACUUCAACCAUAGCGUUAACAUUUAAACACACCUCUAGGGGACUUGCACAUUGAAGAAACUGUAAUCAAUGUAGAAGAUCCCUCAGUCAUUCUUCCUCAUGUGACAUACACCAGCUUAAAUGGAAGAAAUCCCCAGGUGUGACAACUGCGCAGCAAAACCAUGAAGGAUGGAAGAGGACUCACUCUGUCUCAACCUGAAACACACUGUGGGCCUGCACAGGGAGCACCCCUAGCUCUGAGCACUGUGGACGGCGCGCAGCCAGGUACCGGUGUGGCGCCCACAAGAAAACUCAGUGAAGUCUGAAUAAACACGAACACAAGAUGUAAGGGGAUGAAUGCUCUUGAGGAAUAACAGAUGAUUCAUAUUGCAGUGAGAAAGGAGAGACCCUUUGUUCAUAGAAAGCCAUUUGGGGCCCGUGUGAAGAUUCGGACCGUAUAGAGCACUCCGUGUCAGUGAUCACUUAUUUCUCAGCCAACAUUAAGCUUCUUACCUGAGGAGAUGGCAGUCAGGAAACCACAGUGGCGGGAACUUCAGGCAGAUUUCGUAGCAGGAAACUAAGUCUAGGGAAAAACCUCUAAAAUUAGAGCCUUUAACAUACAAUGUAACCAGUAAUUCAGGAUUUUGAGAAAAAUAACUAUUCAUGGGGAAAAUGUGGCAUAUAAAUGCAAAAAGGUAAAGUUGAUCUAAGCAUAUCAAAUACAGAAUUUUCUAAAAGAUAAAACUUUUUCAAUACAUUAUUUCCUGUAAAUAUUUAAUUAAUAAACCCUGUUGCUGAAAAA